UCCAAAGCCCCCCCAACCCCUGUGCCUCACUGGUACUCCCUCGAGGUCUCACCUGUGACCCCCCAAUUCCCCCAAGCACCUCCUGAACCCCUUUUUCCCCCCAGGACCCAGCUGCUCCCCGAUACCCAGGCUCUGAUGGUGCAGCUGGAAUUGGCCCCCGACCCCUUUUUUGGGGUGAUGGGAGUGGAGCUUCCUCAGGUCGAGGAGCUCCUGCCCCCCCCCAUUGAGAUCGAGUUCCCCCGAGGGCCCCCCGUGACGGUGUCCCCCGAGAUCAUCACCCUGCGGGAACCCGAAGUGCCGCCGCUGCCCCGCCCUGGAGGUGAGGAGCUGCCUGAAGUGACCCCCAGAGAGCUGCAGCUGCUGCUCGAGGCUGAAGGCGAGGAUUCUGCUGCCCCGGUGGAGGAACUGGAGGAGCUGCCGGGCGCCACCCCCAUCCCAGUCCCCCCCCCCGGAGGAGCCCGCCUGCCGCCCCCCAUUCCGGUCCCGGUGCGUUCGCCGCAUCCCCGUCGUCGCCUCCCACCCCUCAUGGACCUCGUGCCCCACAUCUCCCCCAAGCUGUUCCGGGCACAGCUGCUCCAGCCCCAAGCCCACUGUCAGCCCCUGGUGCUGCUGGAGCCGCCCCACAGGUUCCGCCGCCCCCCAAGUGAGCUCCUGAACGCCCCCACCCACGAUUGGCUGCCCCCUGAGCUGUGGGAGCUGUGGGGACGCUGUGCCCAGCGCCCUGCCCCGCCUGCGGCCCCGCCCCCAGAGCUGCCCAGCGACUUGGAGGUGCUUCGGGAGGCCCUGGAGCCGAGUCUGCCCACCCUGAUCUCAGAAGUGUCCCUGGAGCCCCUCGAGGAGGAGCCGCUGGAGAGACUGCCCCCGGCCCCACCCAUUGUCCCAGAGCUUCCGGAGCUUCCGGAGCUGGUGGAAGCUCCUCCCGACCUUCGGAGACUGAUCCUGGAGCACGCCCAGCGCCCGGGGGGAUCGGAGCUGACGGCCAUGCUGCCCCCGGGGGCAUCCCGCGCUCGCGUGGCAAAGAUCUUUGCCCUCUGCCUCGGUGAGUUUAGGGACAUCCCCUUUUGCCAAACCACGCCCCUUUCCUCACGAACCCACCCCACCCACCCUUUCCACACCGCGGCUCCUUCCCCAAGCCCCGCCCUUCCUACAAAAACCCAGCCCUUGGCUACUGAGCACCUUUUGCUUUAAGCCCGCCCCUUCCCCACCUGCUCACCUUCCAGACCUGCCCCUUUUCCCCAAGCCCCACCCCUUCCCCAAACCACACCCCCUUUCUACCCCAUUUCCUUGAAGCCAUGCCCACUUUCCCUAACCCAUCUCCCCAAGCUCUGCCCCCUUCCCACAAGCCACAUCCUCUGUGUCCCAAACUCCUCCCUUUCCUGAGGGCCCUCCCCUCCCCCACAGCUCCAGCCCCGCCUCCUUCCCACAAACCACACCCAUUGGCCCAACCCCUCUCCCUAAGCCCUGCCCCCUAACCCCAAGCCCCGCCCCCUCAGAGCUCUGUGGUGCCCAUUGGGUGCGCCUGGACCAGCCUCGUCCCUACGGACCAAUCACUGUCUCUCUCCGUCCCCGCCCGGAAUAAACCCCGCCUUCUUCUGGCCUGUUCUGGGCA